AUUUUUCCGUGACCGAGUCAUUGCGUUUAGAGACGACCAGCGACGCGGAGCAUGUGUGACGACGCGUUAGCUACAUUAUUCUCGUCGAUUUUGUCGGUGAAAAUAUUUUGCCGGUAUUGCGGUUAUUAACGCGGGCGUUUUCUCCGAUUGCAUCGUAUCUACGCGAGUGUCAGUGCCGAUGUCAGUGUCAAUACCACUGCUAGCACCACGACGAAACAGACAGGAGCAGUGUGCUGCAUCCAGAAUCCAGAAUGAAGGAUUUAGGGCGCUGGGACGUGAGCGGCGAUUCAUCAUACGUUUCGAGCCCGGAAACGGAUUCGGCAGGCUACCCGAGCCGCUGCAGACAGUCGCCGGAGAAUAUUGCCCCGCUAACUACCCGGUGUCUCAGACAACGGCAAGCAACGAGAAACUGCACCCCGGCAGCGGCUCCGAAACUGAGGACAGCGAACAAUACGUACCCGAGUUUCAUCAGAUGUCAAGUGCGAGCGUGAAGCAAGAGUCGAGCAAUUGCACGAGAAACGACGAGGGCAGUUAUCACCCGCAGUAUCAGUCCUCCGUCACGCACAGUCAAAACGGCGAUUUUCUCGAGCUCAGCUCAGACCGUUGCUUCGGAAAUCGGAAGAUAAACCCGCCGGCUAAUAAGAACACGAAGGACGUCGCCGUGAAGGAAGAACCGACGGAUCGGACCUACGUGGAGCCACUUCCCAUUACGAACGUAUCGACGUCGGCGACGUCUCAGGACACACAGAAUGCGAGCGGCCUGAUCUAUCAGCAACGUCAACAGCAACAAUACAGCAGCGUGACGAGGGACCCUCGAGGAUCCUCACCGUCGUCCAGUCGGCCGGCCAGCGCCUCCUCCUCGACUUCCCAGUGGCAGUCGACCUUCUCCUCCGUCUCCUCCGAGACGUUCUUGCCGCGACAGGAGAACUGGAACUCCGAGGUCUACGCCUCGAAACGAAGCGGCACGCCGACCUGGACGGAACUGGGCACGCAGUUGGACCCGCGGAACCCAUCCUGGGAUCGGCAGAACGGAUGCUACCAGAAGAAAGGCUCGCCUGUGUCCACCUGGAACGCGGAUCACAUCGGCAAGAGGCCGUCCUCCGCGACUGGUGGUGUUCCCACCUGGAGCGACGUGGCGGUCGGCUAUCAGCAACAGCGACGCGGCUCCCUGCAGCUGUGGCAGUUCUUGGUGGCUCUGCUGGACGACCCAGCGAACGCGCCUUGCAUCGCGUGGACCGGUCGCGGCAUGGAAUUCAAGCUCAUCGAGCCGGAAGAAGUUGCGCGCAGAUGGGGCGUUCAGAAGAACAGACCGGCAAUGAAUUACGACAAGCUGAGCCGCUCGCUAAGAUACUAUUACGAGAAAGGCAUAAUGCAGAAGGUCGCCGGCGAGCGAUACGUGUACAAGUUUGUUUGCGACCCGGAAGCGCUCUUCAACAUGGCGUACGGCACGGGCGCGUCCUCCGGGAUUACCGCCGGCGAAGUUCAGAGCAGUAUGGUACGAAGUCACGCGGUAGCCGGGAAAGGGACGGGCGGGAACGAGGUCCCGGAUUUGAUGAAGCAUCCCGUCGCCACCGCCGCCGGUUACAGCGACGCGGUCUUCGCCAUGUACUCGAACACCGCCGCGGUGUACGGACCCUCCAGCCUCCACCACCUGCAUCAAUACCUCGGCGGUAACGAGGGCUUCAAAACGCCGUCGAGCAGAUACCACCCCCAUUACCCGCACCAGUACGGCGGCAAUCAUCACCACCACCAUCACCAUCACCCAACCGCGAGUUACACGGAGACCUUCCUGAACUACAGUCGAUUGUCGUCGCAUGAGCCCGCUACUCUCGACUCGAAGACGGCGCAGGAACCGCCGCUGCCACCAGCCUCGGCAGCGGCGACGAGGGAUCCCGGAUACAGUGUCCAAGACACCGACAGUACCGGCAGAGAUCGGGAGGCCGCGUCGAUACCUUACGAGAGCGUCGUGCAGAGAUCGCAGUUGCCGGCAGCAACCGCACAAUCCUCGAUACUGGACGACACAGCGAGCUCCAAGAUCGAGCAGGCACCGUACACGUGUCUCGGUGUCGGCAGCUGCGUUGAAAUGAUGAAGAUAAAAACCGCGAAACAGGAGGAAUCGGCCAUGGGCUUCAAAGACAAGCAGAAAGCGCUGAACAUGCUGAAGUCCUUGGACGGCCGCGACAUCAGCUAUCAGUACCAUGUGAUUUUGACUUUCAUUGGUCGCGCAAAAAGGACUAUACAGAUCACGCGGGACGAGGAGAAGCUGGCGAAUCUACGAGAAGCCUUGAAGAUCUUCGAAGACUGGCUGGCGGAUUACAAGGAGAGAAACCGAGGAAAAGAGAACCUCGCGUAUCUACCGAUUGAGACGAUUGAAGCCUUCCGCUGUCUCGCGAAGAAGUACGACGUGUGGAACGAUGAGUUCUUCAAAGCGUACAAGCGCGAGAAAGGCGACUACAAGAGCCUGCGCGCCGUGAAGACACCCAAAGAAGACAGUACAUGGGACGUCGAGAGAAACAGACAGCUAAAGGACAUCAUCGGCAAGGUCAAGAACGAGAUGCUCCAAUGGUACGAGACGGACGUGGGCGAUUUCCGGGGCCUGCCGACGAAAGAGCACACGCAAUGCAUCGUGCUCGCGUACAGCCCCGACCCGGCGAAGUUGAAGAAGCUGGCGGCUGAAGUACGCGAGAAAUUUGGCGAAGACGAUAGCGAGAACGACAUGGACCUCGAAGAGGCAGAACAAAAAGAGAAGGCCAUGAAGAGAGCUCACGAGAGCUCGUCGAGCAGCGACGACGACAGUGACAGCGGCGAGCCGGAGAAGAAGAGCGCGAAGCGAACGGAAGAACCGGAAGCGCAGGAGAAUCAGCAGAACGAGAAGGCCGAGAAUUCGCUGGGCUUCAAGGACAAGGAGAAGGCCCUGCAGAGCAUCGAGUCCCUGAAGGGUCGAGACGUGUCGUAUCAGUUCUACGCGAUCAGCGGCCUGAUAAAGAGAGCCGAACGCGUGAUCUCGUGCACGAAGGACGAGCAGAAGAUCGAGAACAUGAGGGAGGCCGUGGAAGUUUUCGAGAACUGGAUCACCGACUAUAACGUCAACGGCCGGUCGAAGGAAAACUUCAAUUAUCUCACAAUUGACAUCGUGCGGGCUUUCGAGCCGCUUGCCGAGCGAUACGGCAUCGAAGACAACGGCUUUCUCAAAGUGUACGAGGAAGCCGAGGGCGAUUACAAGAAGCUUAGAUCCAUCCGAGUGCCCGAAUCGGAUGUUACAUGGGACGUGAAGAGAAACGAGAAGCUGCGGGAGAUGGUGAAUCGCAUCAAAGAGAAUUAUAUACAGUGGUUCGACACAGACGCCGAGUUUCGGGGCUUGCCCACGGCGGAGCACACGCGAUGUAUUAUGUGGGGCUUCAGCCACGACGUCGCGAAGCUGAAGAAACUCUUGCCCACCUUGAGCGAGAAGCUGAAACCGGCCGACGACUAAUGUCGCAAUUUUUAAUAAAUUGUUGGGUCGUUGCCGGAGAACGCAUGGUCGGUUUAUUUAAAAGCCCGACAUUCUUUUAUGAUAACGUAAUAGAAAACAGUACGUUGCGUUAUUACAUCAUUAUAUGUUGUACGUUGUCUAUGUUGUAUAGAGUUAUGUAUAUGUGCAUCACGCGAGCGUUUUACUACAAUAAAUAUUUUGUUAUGCCCGUAAGAGAAAAAAAUAAUAUCACGCGUUUCGAAUGGAGUCAAGAUAGAUAAGAAUCAAGAUGAUAAAGUAAUAUAAUAUAAAAAACACAUAUUAUAGACGUUAAUUAUUAGAUAAUAAAGAAAAGGAAUUGUGUAAUAUACACGAUAUAUAUAUAUAUAUAUAUAUAUAUAUAUAUAUAUAUAUAUAUAUAUAUAAAACUUUAGAAAAUUCUUAAAAAAUGUUUACCUCUUUAUAAUUUCAUCUUCAGCAACAUUAAAUUAAUUAUUAAAUUAUAAAAAAAAGAUAUCGCGCGUGUAUGAUAUAUACAAACACAUAUAAGACUGGAGAAAAUUUGGCUUUUUAUAAUUUCAUCUCCGACAACAUUAAUAAGAGUACAAAUUAUGAAAUUAGAAAGGAAAGGAAUGAAGAAAUCUCGUGUAAUGUACAUGAACAUAUACUGAGAAAAAAAAUAUCUGAAAAUAAACAAUAUUUAUUUGAUAAGUAUUAA